AUGACAUCCCGAAAACGCUCCUCAGAUCAAGGCCAAGAAGGCGGAGCUCGCGAUCAGACAAAGAGAAGUAAAGUUAGCUCCAACAACGACUCAACAUUCAAAGUUGAUUCCAAUGGAGACCGGUACUGGGAACUUUCUAAGAUGCGUCGCGUGACCGUCUCUGAAUUCCGGGGCAAGGCUAUGGUUAGUGUGCGGGAGUACUAUGAGAAGGAUGGCAAGGAACUUCCUGGGAAGAAGGGUAUCUCCAUGCCAUUGGAUCAGUUUUCUGCUCUGGUCAAACUCCUUCCUGAGCUUGAGACUGCGCUGCAAGACCAGUUUAGCGAGUCGUUACCGCGACCUGCGUAUGGAGCUAAGGCUGAGUCUAAAAAUGACGAAGAUCAGGACAGGUCCGGCGAUGCUAGCCCCUCCAAGCAGAAUAUCGAGGCUACGAGCGAUGAAGAUGAGGAUGAGGCUUGA